AAGACUCCAACAGGCUAUCUUCUUCCGAUUGGCUGCACCCACAGCGAGGGGUAGGAGCUCUCACAAACAGGAAUAAAAGGCUGAGUGUGGAACGACAAAUAUUAAAGAAACUUGCAGCAGCUGAACACACAAGACAAAUCUGUGGAAAGAUUGAAAUUAGSUGAAYUGUUAAAAGAAUAGAUUUUUUCUUAGAAUUGUGAGUAAAGGGUUGUGAGAGCAGAGAGAUUAGUACACUUGGAUCCUGUUGUGACUUUUUUCCACAGUUUGGUCCAAAAGACUCCAGCAUCAUGUCCUUAGAGGUGAAGGAGAAGACKCAGGUGCGAGUUGUGUUUCUGGGGUCCGCAGGGGUCGGCAAGACAGCUCUGAUCAGACGCUUUCUCCAGGAUACCUUCGAGCCAAAACACCGGCGUACCGUGGAGGAGCUGCACAGCAAGGAGUACGACAUCGGUGGGGUCAAAGUCACCGUGGAGAUCCUGGACACCAGCGGCAGCUACUCCUUCCCCGCCAUGCGCAAGCUCUCCAUCCAGAACAGCGACGCCUUCGCUCUGGUGUACGCCGUGGACGACCCCGAGUCCUUGGAGGCGGUCAAGAGCCUUCGAGACGAGAUUCUGGAGAUCAAGGAGGACAAGUACACGCCCAUCGUGGUGGUGGGGAACAAGGUGGACCGAGAAGACGAGCGCCAGGUGUCCGCAGAGGACGUGCUGGCGACCGUGGAGAUGGAUUGGAACAACAGUUACCUGGAGGCGUCGGCGAAGGAGAACGCCAACGUGGUGGAGGUGUUCAAGGAGCUCCUGCAGCAGGUCAACCUGCCGAGUCGCCUGAGCCCGGCGCUACGCAGACGCAGGGAGACCUUUCCGAAAGGAACCGACUUUCGGCCACCUAUGAACAAAACCAACAGCUGCCUCUUGUCGUAAUGCGAGGCAGAGGAGAGGGAUGAGGGAGAAAUGUGGUACAACUCAGUUCUGUGGGACAGAGAGGAAAAAACAAACAAACCAAGGCUUCGGUCAUUGCUGGUGUAAAUAACCCGACUGUGAUCCUGGACCAACAAAGACACUGUUUGGUUCUCAGCUGAGAGGAAACUAAGAUCACAUGAUGAUGUAUGAAGUGAAAUAACUCUGAUGUGAAAUCGACUGUAAUUUUGUUGCCGCUUCGUUGGUGACACGCUGCUGGUGUUUAGAUCAAUUUAUAGCUUUGAAUUAAAAAAAUAUAUAUAUUAUUUAAAGAAAUUAAAGCUGUUGCCAUCAGAUUGUUUCCUGCCAGAGUAUUUACACAGUACUUGUCAGAUGUUGUGCUAAACUUGUAUUUUUUGUGGUUUUUUUUUUUGUAAUUUAGUAAUUCACAUGUAGCACAUCAAAUGUUUACAGUUUUUUUAAAUUGUUAUUUUAUAUUUUUUGUGAUACUGUUUGAAUAAAACAUAAAUGCACUUAUCAAUUUGUAACUCAAAGUUGUGUUUUUAGGUUGUUUUUCUAAUGUAAUUUUUUUAAUUACAUCUCUGAACAGUUUUUUUUUAUGUAACCAUUUAUCUACAAAUGUACUGAACAUGAACUCCUAAUGUAAAUGUGGAAUAAAAGACAAAAGAA